UCAACGUUCUCGCCAGGUACAGCAGAGCGCGAGUUGCAGGAGCCACGUUGACAGUCAAGUUAAAUUCAGUUGGUGUUUUUGCUGGUGGCUAGUGCUAGUUUGUUGUGCUAGUCAGUUAAUCAACUAAAGAGCUCUUCGUUAUAUCAAGACUGAUUCACAACUUCAAAGCGUUUAAUUGACGCUACUGUGCGUCCCACAGGGAGGAUGAGUGUGGGUUUCAUAGGAGCGGGUCAGCUGGCCCACGCGCUGGUGAGAGGGUUCACAGCCGCAGGCGUGAUUGCCACCCAAAGAAUCACUGCCAGCUCCCCUGACACAGACCUGCCCACAGUGAUGGGACUGCGUAAAUUGGGCGUGAAUCUUACCACAAGUAACAAAGAGACAGUGAGCAAAAGUGACGUUCUCUUCCUGGCUGUGAAGCCCCACAUCAUUCCUUUUGUACUGGAUGAGAUUGGACCAGACAUUGAGGACCGUCAUCUUAUUGUGUCCUGUGCUGCAGGUGUCACUAUCAGCUCCAUAGAGAAGAAGCUGCAACAGUAUCGCCCUUCUCCAAAGGUAAUGCGUUGCAUGACCAAUACUCCAGUGGUGGUGCGGGAGGGGGCCACUGUGUACGCCACAGGCACCCAUGCUGAGGUGGAGGAUGGAAAGCUUCUGGAGCAGCUGAUGGCAAGUGUGGGUUACUGCACCGAGGUGGAAGAGGACCUGAUUGAUGCUGUCACUGGACUGAGUGGCAGUGGGCCUGCUUAUGCAUUCACAGCAGUAGAUGCUCUUGCUGAUGGUGGAGUAAAAAUGGGCCUGCCCAGGAGACUGGCUGUUCGGCUUGGAGCCCAAGCUUUGAUGGGAGCAGCUCGAAUGCUACUAGACUCAGAGCAGCACCCUGGACAACUAAAAGACAACGUGUGCUCACCUGGGGGUGCCACCAUCCACGCCCUGCAUGUCAUGGAGAGCGGUGGCUUCCGCAGCCUCCUGAUCAAUGCUGUAGAGGCCUCCUGCAUUAGAACUAGGGAACUUCAGUUCUUGGCUGACCAAGAGAAGAUUUCUCCAGCUGCCAUAAAGAAGACAACUCUGGACAAAGUGCUGCAGCAGCCAGGAGUGGCUGCAGCAGGUGUGGGAGUCCGAUCUGGUGGGAUCAGUCUCUUCAGCAGUAACAGCCCAAGGACCAAGAAGAACUGAGCAUUUGCUGUUUCCUCACAGGUGGAGGAAACGCACAUAUGUUGUGAUUUGUGAAGAUGCAUUGCAUUUUAUUAAUAAACCACUAAAAGCAGAUCACUGCUGAAAUUUGCUAACCUAAUGGUUAGUUAACAUUUACUUACAGAAUUAUACUCAAUUCAGAGAGAUACCUCGCAUCAGGGAAAGAUUAUGCAUUAGUAUUUUUCUGCUGUCAUCAAAUGCAUUGGCCUUUCUAAAGCUAAAUAACUCACACUUUAAACUGGUUGCCUUGCCAAUUCAUGUAUUGACAACAGUUUGAUUUCUAGCUCAUCUCAUCACUUAUUCUAACAGUGUAUUUUUUUUGUUUAAGGUUAGAUGAUGGUUUAAUGUAUGUCUCAGGUCAACAUCACUUUAUGUGUCUUCUCAUUUUGUUACUUUUUUCUGAUUUUUUUUUUUUUUUUUUUUUUAAACUGUAUAAAAAGCAUGCUUACACAUCCUCAUGUUCACUGUGCAAUCCAGCCCAAUUGCAAUGAAACAAAGGGCUCCUCAUGACUUCAUGGCUGACAUUACAGCCACUUUAUAUGCAAUCCCCUAACAUUUGCUCAAAUAUUUGAGUACUGUAGCCAAAACUAUUUUAUACAGCCACAAAACUGUAAUGUGUUACAAAAAUGUAUUAAAUUAAGGAAAGAAGAUGUGGA